CAUUAAAUCGCAAAGAAAAUGGACGCUUAGAGAAUGGGCUUGCCAAACUUAAAAAAGUAUAAUUUAAUGACAAAUUCAAUCAAGUAAAGUAUGAAAAUAGUUGUUAGGUUAAAACAUGUGAUAUAUAUUAUUUAUUAGUUCCCAGGGUUAAUUAUUAAAUCAAAAUGUGCCUAUAAUUCUACUUUUGCUAGUUGUUGAUGAUUGCAGUGAGCCGUAUUAUAGCAAAUAUUGUAAGUAUUUUAUAGUUUAAUAACUUAGGUUAUCAAAAAAUGACGGAAGCUAUAUAAAUAAAGAUAAUAGCUUUUAGUAAAGGAGACUUCAUGUGAUUAUUAUAGUAAUUCUUGCAAUUUAGUACUUUAUUAACAGUGUUUACAUGCAAUAAUUACUUAAAAAGUAAUAAAAAAUGCCAAAUUGAACAAAGAAUAUACUGAUUUUAAUAUAAUCCUUGAACGAGUACCUAAAGUACUGAAACUUUUUUAAGCUGACUCUCUAGGAGAAAAACUCAUUGCUUUUAGCUUCAUCACGUGACAAGUGCUGUUGAUGAUGAUGGCGCGUGAAUCGCAAUUUUUCGAUUAAUUGAAGUUUAGAAGGGGUUUAAAAGCGAUGACGAAACCAACUGGCCCGGACUGUAAACAAGAAGAUGCGGCCGAAGGCCAUGAAACGCCCGAUAAACCGGAGGCAGAAAGUGAUGCAGCAAUGAGACGUCGACUAGUUGCAUCUCUCUCAAACUCCUUUCCUGGUUCAGCCUUGACAAGAGCAAUGAAAGGUGAUGUUACGGACUUACUCGACGACACAACAUCAGAAAGUUCUUCUUUGGCUGAUGGACCAUUAUCAAAAUCAUGUUUCGCGCAGCUCAAAAUGGUUGAGGAUGUCGACGAGGAAGACGAGGAAGAAGAAGAAGAGGAAGAAGACGAAGGCGUUGACGAGGAAUUAACCUCACUCUCCUGGCUACAGGAUUCUGAUUUACUGCAAAAGACUCCUGCCGGUCAAACACUACUUAUGAGUCCCCAAGUAGCUGCUGAUACGAACCGCAAAGAACCCAGUGGUCGUCCCUUGGCGCAAGGCAUUCCUUACAAUCCUAAGAAGCACAUCAAUACGAAACCGCCGUAUUCUUUCAGCUGCCUCAUUUUCAUGGCAAUAGAGGAUCAUCCGCAAAAGAGAUUACCUGUCAAGGACAUCUACAAUUGGAUAGUAACGAACUUCCCUUAUUUUGCUCACGCCCCGAUCGGUUGGAAGAAUUCCGUUCGACACAAUUUGUCCUUGAACAAGUGCUUUCGAAAAGUAGAUAGGGUUAGAGGAGGUUCAGUCGGUAAGGGCUCCUUGUGGUGCAUUGAUCCCGAAUAUCGAGCGAAUCUUUUGCAAGCGCUGCGAAAAACGCCCUACCAUCCCUAUCAUCAGCUGCAGAUGGUCUCUCCAUCGUCCUUCAACCUGCAUAAUCAGUUGAAGAACGAACCGAUUGACAUAGACGUCGCAAAUACGUUAUUAUCGCUCAAAUCGAACUUUCGCUCCCGUUCACCCUCGCCACCAGAAUUUGGUUCAGAACGUGAACGAAAACAAACAAGAAGACGCCGUCUGAAAGACGUUGUUAUAACUGAAAUCCCGAGCGAAGAUCACUCUUAUGCGACUCAGCAUACUAUGUCACCGGCUACGUCAAUCGACGAUCAGUACGAUUUCGGACGUCGUACGAGUACUUCUUCUUCAUGUACAAUGGAAACUGAUGAUGAAGAACGCGUUAAAGAAGGUGCUGACGCCUUACUCCAUCUGGCUGGACUAAAGCCGAUAUCUCCCUGAAUCAAGUAGUGCUUGCAGAAAUGUUUUCUUCCUUGUCUUCCACUGUGUUCAUAGUGCUUGUAAGUGUAUAUAAGAAGGCGUUCAAGCUGUUCAUUUGCUCCUCAACCAUUGCUGUGUUCAUCUUGUUAGCCUCCUCAGCAUUUAGCCAAACAAAUAUUUCAGGCUUGAGCAUUUAUAUAUAGACAUAAGUUUAACUUUUAGAUUACCCUAUGUGUUUACAUCUACAUAUGCCUUGUACGAAAAAAAACGUGCUAACUUUACAGUGACGUUCAAUAUUCUUUUUUUUGUUUUCUUUUUUUUUAUAUCUAGAAGAUAAUAUCCUGAACCUUUUUUUCUAACUUCUAGAUGUAUUGUAUAGCUCUUACUGGGUGAAUGGUAAUAAAUAUACGCUUUAGUUUAGUAUGAAUUGUUUUUUUUUUUUU